AUGCCACUUCAUCUGCUAGGGAAAAAGUCGUGGAACGUCUACAAUGCCGACAACAUCGCGCGCGUCCGUCGCGAUGAAGCUGCCGCAAAGGCCGCCGAGGAAGGGGAAGAGCAGCGUAUGCAGGAGAUUGAUGCCCAACGCCGACUAGCCAUUCUACGCGGUGAAGAACCUCCGCACAUUGAAGAACCAGAGCCACACAGACCAGAUGAGCCCUCCGGUCGUAAUCACGAUGCCUCGCAUAAAGGCGGCAUGCGACGAAAACGAAAGCGACCCGGCGAAGACGAUACCGAUUUCGAAAUGCGGAUAGCCAGGGAGAAUGAUAGUUCAACUCUCGUAAGAACUGAACUUGAGCGUAAAAAUACGAGCUCGGCGCCGAUUAUGGACCGCAAUGGACAUAUUGAUUUGCUAGGCGAUGAGAAGUCAAGGGCGCACGCAGAGAAGAAUGAAGAGGCCGAGAAAGAAGCAAAGAAGAAGAAACAAAGCUACGAAGACCAGUAUAUGAUGCGCUUCACAAAUGCGGCAGGGAAGGAUGGUGCUAUGCGGCCAUGGUAUUCACAAUCUGAUGCUGCAGCCCCUGAUGCUUCUUCAAAAGAUGUAUGGGGCAAUCAGGAUCCAAACCGAAAGGAAAGAGAUGCCAAACGCAUUGUAUCUAAUGAUCCUCUGGCUAUGAUGAAACAGGGAGCAUCAAAAAUUCGGGAGCUGAAACAGGACAGAAAACGUUUCCAACAAGAAAGAGAAGAGGAGUUGAAGAAGAUGCGCCGGGAUGAACGACAUCGUGAGAAGAAACGACGGAGACAUGAAGAUCGCGGGACCGCCGCGAGCGAAGACACCCAUCCAGAGAGCGACGGAAUGAUGGUGAGCGAAAACAAGAUUCGCGGACCCAGAAAUAUGAGCAUCAUGACAGAGAGCGAUCUCGGCAUGAGAGAAGGCGCCAUGAUGAGGGCGAAGCCCGAAGGGAGCGGAGUGGGAGAUAUGACAAAGAGUCUCGUGAUAAACGAGAUCUGCGGUCUCGAGAGAGAGGACCACGAACGACGACAGAGUCGUCAUGAACCACAAUAG